UGUAACUUUGACCGUUUUAAGCUGUUAUGCAAAACAUCUAAGAAACAACAGUUCCAACUUUUAUAUGUCAUUUAUUAAACUAACGAUUUAAAGACUAAGCAUUAUUUAACAUGAAAGCAAUGGAUGCCCAACGCAACGGAUGUUCAGUGUUCAUUAGCACUGAAUGAGUCUGUUCAAUCAGACAGUCAAUCAAACGUGGCACAUCAUUAUUAAUUUCCAUUCCUUUGAGGGUUUUGAUUGGGACGUGUGUGUUAUGGGUGCAUGGGAGAAGAAAUAUGUAAAACGUUAGAAAUACCGAAAAAACGUUGCCAAGUAAUUUGGGGCUUCUUGUAUUAUUCCUAUCAGCCCUCCCCAGGGCUUCAAAUCUCAAGCUCCCCCCUCAGUGCCAGUGCGUGCGUCGUUUGAAGUCCCGGAGAAAGGAGCCGAGAGUGGCUUCUCCGACCUCCUACUAUUGGGCGUAAGUCGUUCAUCUGUGCCAUCAAACUUUUCUCGCUAGAUUUCUCAUUCCCUCAUUAGAGACUUCGUCGGAAUGAGAAGAGAAAGUGUCUGUUGUAGAUCCUACGAGGGAGUCAUCGGGUAAGGCGAAUGGCAUAGACUUCGGAGAUGUAUAUCGGUGAUGAAGUUAGAGAGAGAAAACCUCGUUUGUUUGGAUCCACACGGCACUAAACUACGGUUGUAGAACUCCAAAUCGAUCUAUUUGCGGAGCACAGAGUGAUUGUUUAUGGCCAAGACGUAACUCAUGUUGGUUAUAGGUAGAGGAUAUCUUGGGUUUCGUCAGUUUGCGUCAUGACUUCCAGCUAUGCUCAUGUAAUGGACAGACAAGCAACGCUUCCUAACCGACUGGAGUGUCCGAUUACUGCAAAUCAGGAUCAUUUACAGGCUAAGAAGAACUUUUCCGUGAGCCACCUGUUAGAUCUGGAGGAGGCGCGUGAGAUGGUAGGAGCUCAAGCGGAGGAGAGCGCAGGAGAGGCGGGCAGGAGUAUGCUGGAGUCUCCGGGACUGACCAGCGGCAGCGACACGACACAGCAGGAGAAUGAGCAACUUAACUCAGAGGAAAAGAAAAAGCGUAAACAGAGACGGAAUAGGACCACGUUCAACAGCAGUCAACUGCAGGCACUAGAAAGAGUUUUUGAGAGGACACACUAUCCCGAUGCUUUUGUCAGGGAGGACUUAGCACGCCGGGUCAACCUCACAGAAGCUCGGGUGCAGGUGUGGUUUCAAAAUCGUCGGGCUAAGUUUCGACGAAAUGAACGUGCGAUGCUGGCCAGUAAAAAUGCCUCGUUGCUCAAGUCUUUCUCAGGAGAAUUAACAGCCGUAGAACAGCCAAUUGUACCAAGACCCGCUCCCAGGCCCAAUGACUACCUGUCAUGGGGCAGCUCACCCUCGUACAGUGCCAUGGCAACUUAUCCUCCAUCAUGUGCUAACAACAACAACACAGCCCAGGGCAUGAAUAUGGCCAACAGUAUCGCCAACCUGAGACUGAAGGCCAAAGAAUACAGCCUCAACCAUGUACCCACUGUCAACUGAAGUGGACAGCAGGGCUGUCAGAGACUCUGAAGCACACGUCAGAGAACAACUCCCAAAGUCCCAACAAAGGCUUUCUGUCACUGGCCCUGUACAAUUGACAUGAGAGUAAAUGUAAAUUUUCUUCUGUCCUCCUUUUUGUGUCUUUACACUUAUCCGUCAACUUUCAAAGGAAAGGAAGCAAAGGGAACUUCCCCAAAGUACUAAACUUUCCUAAAGCAAUGAUUUACAUAAGGCUGUCAUGUUCUUGACAUGUGGAAAAAUGACAUGUUGGAAAAUUCAGUUUUGAAAGCACAAAAUGGAAACUAUUUGCACUCACUGUGGCAGCAAGAGUGUGGUUCUCUCAUUUGAAGAGGGUGGCUUACAGUAGAUUUUCUAGAGACUGCAACCCACCACAGGGAUUUGAUGACUUCUGUGGAAUUCACAUGCGACAAUCUUGUGGACAUCUGGGAGGUUUUUGGGACUUCCCCUUGAUUUCUCCUUGGACUUAAUAGCCAUGCACUGAGGCCACAAAGCUGAGAAUUGGAUGUUUUGAUUAUUUGGAACUGGGUAAAAUGUUCUCCUUUAUCACAUACUCUAAAAUCAUCUUUUUUCUAGUUUAUAAUAAUGACAUGCACAGGUUAUUUGUUCAUUGUGGCAUUUACAGAAGUGUAGCCAUAUUACAUACAGCAGGCUUUGCAAGUAAUUUUGACUCUGGAGCCUAGUUUUGAUUUUACCCAUUUUUAUUGUCUAAAUAUAUCUGUAAUAUUCCUUUGCAAUAAAAAUGACCUAACAGUGUA